CGCGCCUGGAUAGGGCCCCUCCCUUCCAGGGCCGGGGCUCUUGCCUCUCUGCGCAGACUAUUAUGUUACUCCGUGUGUGUGUGGCUGUCAGGUGACUUGGGUCACGCAGUUUCUCUCCUCUGGGAGGGACUGUGGGGCCUUGGCUGACUUUCCUUUGGCGAGGAAGAAGAAAAAGAAAAGGAAGCAGCUAGGUCACCGUACUAGCGAGGCAAAUUUGAGGGAGAAAGCUUUGGGGCUGGUGGGGUGCCCGGGAUCGGCUAGGACCCUCCGGGUUGGAGAAGAGCGAAACCGAGAGGAUUCAGGAUGAGCCAGGUGCCGGGGACGCCGAAGGAAGAGAACGAGGAAGAGGAGGAGGAGGAAGAUGACGAGGAAGAGGAGGACGACGAUGAAGAAGAUGAGAUCGUUGGACUGGCAGAUUACGGGGACGGGACCGAAUCCUUCUCGGAUGGCGACCCGGAGAGUGGAGGGGACGAGGCGUUUCUAAAUUUCAAUGAUCCCUUCAAUACUGAAGUCAAGCCAAGAAUCCUACUCAUGGGACUGAGGAGAAGUGGGAAAUCUUCCAUUCAGAAAGUUGUCUUCCAUAAAAUGUCACCAAACGAAACCCUCUUCUUGGAGAGCACUAACAAGAUCUGCAGAGAGGAUGUUUCCAACAGCUCCUUUGUUAACUUUCAGAUAUGGGAUUUUCCUGGGCAAAUUGACUUCUUUGACCCUACCUUUGACUAUGAGAUGAUUUUUCGAGGCACUGGAGCAUUGAUAUUUGUUAUUGACUCUCAGGAUGACUAUAUGGAAGCAUUAGCUAGAUUGCAUCUCACUGUGACGAGAGCAUAUAAAGUGAAUCCAGACAUAAACUUUGAAAUAUUUAUUCACAAAGUAGAUGGCUUGUCUGAUGAUCACAAGAUUGAAACACAAAGAGACAUUCACCAGAGGACAAAUGAUGAUCUUGCAGAUGCUGGGCUGGAAAAAAUCCAUCUGAGCUUUUAUUUAACGAGUAUAUACGACCAUUCUAUAUUUGAAGCAUUUAGCAAAGUGGUACAGAAACUGAUCCCCCAACUGCCAACACUGGAAAAUCUGCUUAACAUCUUUAUCUCGGUAAAUACUUCUGCAUAUAAUUCUGGAAUUGAGAAAGCCUUUCUCUUUGAUGUAGUCAGUAAAAUUUAUAUUGCAACAGACAGUACCCCUGUGGACAUGCAGACUUAUGAGCUGAGCUGUGAUAUGAUAGAUGUUGUCAUUGAUAUUUCCUGCAUCUAUGGGCUCAAAGAAGAUGGCGCAGGGACCCCUUAUGAUAAAGAGUCGACAGCAAUAAUAAAACUGAACAAUACAACUGUUCUUUAUUUAAAGGAGGUGACAAAGUUUCUUGCGCUAGUUUGCUUCGUCAGAGAAGAAAGCUUUGAGAGAAAAGGAUUAAUAGACUACAACUUCCACUGUUUCCGUAAAGCUAUACAUGAAGUAUUUGAAGUAAGAAUGAAAGUAGUAAGAGCACGGAAGAAUCAGAACCAGAUGCAGAAGGCAAAGAGGGCCACCCCAAAUGGCACCCCUAGAAUGCCACUGUAGCUGAACACCUUACAGUCCUGGUAACUUUGUAAGACUUCUUGUUUUGUGCAACAAGGUCUUCGUUCCCCUGCUGAAAGAGCGAUGGGACUGCUGUGCUGUUAACAUGGGGGUUUUUACACGAUCCUCCCUCCAAAACACUGUAUCCCGUAUCCAGUUGUUUGUAUUAAGAUAUAUCAUCUAUGACAGAACUGUUUGCACUUUUUUCAUGUUUCAUUAUGGAGUUGAACUUUUGAUAAACUUUAUUUAAAAUGCCACUUUUUAUGUGUGCUCUUGGGUAGAAUGUGUACAGUAACUUCUCUACAUGCUGCAACAAAUGAGUAAACAAUCAAGGAAACAUGGUAAGAUGACUUUUUAAAAACUUGUGAGAAUUAAUAUUCAUGCCAUAUAAAUACAUAUAUAUUUUUCAGCUUGUAAAUUUAAGUUUUAUUUUGAUGUACAAUAGCAAUUAAAAAAAUCCCUGGGAGUCCUUAUUGGUACAUUUUUAAAAUUUUGUAAAAAUAACAGGCUUUUGGCCAAAUAUUAUCCAGAUUUCUCCAAAAUAGUGGUAAUGCCCAGUCUGUUCUUUAUACACUGAUUACCUCUACAUAAAAGUUACUUUCUAUAAAGAGACUUAUUUUCUAA